AUGCCAUGCCGCUGCCAAAAACGGCCCGCGAGACAGACGCUUUCCCCAGAAGAAGGCCGCAGGGCAGGCCCGUUAUGCGGCCGGGCAGUCCUUGCACCAGACGCAUCCUUGUGGGGUCCCCCGGGUACCUGGGCGGACCUGCCCGAACUUGAUGGCAAGCGCGGCCCCACCGAACCUGAACUGAUGAAGAUGGAGCUCGAGGUUUUUUCACUCAGCUUGUUUCAUUCUACAACCAAAUCGAGGAGGGCAGCCUCAACUUCAAGGGCCCGCGCACCGCACUCCACGGCUGCUGCUGCCCAGCCCAGCAACGUGAAAGUGAGGGACUGGACGUCACGGGCUGCUCCUUCCACGCUAGCACAGCGUGCUCUUUCCAUUCAAGCCCACUAG